AUGUCGAAUGGCCUUCCUCAGCACAGGAGAGAGAAGUUCGACGGGCAUGGUUCAACAGGGUGGGUGUUUGUCGCCAAUAAGUUCUUGAACCAACCUGACACCACUUUCAAUCAGUCGAUCUUUGACCUGUUUGACAAUCUGUGUGAAUUCGGUGCAACCGCUAAGCAGAACACAAAGCCAAGGUUCAAGCUGCUUUAUGCUCGCUUGCCACCCGACCCAGAUACCCUCGAUGGCGUCUGGAAGCAUUACACACCUCGCCUGUAUCGCCCGGAUCAGCCCUUUCAUGACACCAACCCCUGGCUCACCAUGACAGAACUUCAGGAUAAGAUCGGUGCAAGAUCCGGGACUGAUCUAGCCACAUUCCUGAAGCCGCUGUUCAAGCAUCGAGCAGCAGUGAGCUUGACCAAUCUGUCAGAUCAACCGGAUGCGCAGGUCCUGCUUCAACAACAGCUCAAUCAGGUAGCUGAAGCAAGUGACCCACAGGCGAAUGGCAACCUCAAUCAAGCCAACGAGCAGGUCAAGAACACCCAGACCGCCCUUGACCUGGCUACCAAACAGGUCAAUGAGCUUGAGACCGGUCGAGUGACAAUCAAGGCCGAACUGGACCGGGCCACCAGCCGAGUCAGGGAACUUGAAGACGGUCAAGUGACAGUCAAGGCGGACCUAGACCGGGCCACCAGCCGAGUCAGGGAACUUGAAGAGGGUCAAGUGACAAUCAAGGCGGACCUGAACCGGGCUACCCAACAGGUCAACGAGCUCAAGGCUGGUCGAGCGACGAUCCAGGCGAGCCUAGACCAGGCUACCAGCCGAGUCAGGGAGCUUGAAGACGUUCAAUCAAACAACCUCGAUGAACGGGUCAAGGAGCUCGAGACUGGUCAAGAAAAGGUUCAGAUGGACCUAGACCGCGCUUCUAAACGAGUCAAGGAACUCGAGGGGCAAAAGCGGCUGCUACAGGAUGAGAAGAAGGCGGCGGCUGACACAAUUGGCAGCAUGCAGUCGGCACAGACAGGCCUCGACGCAAUUCUCAAGAAGUUUCGCUGGCCAUCCGAUGACCCUCCUGCGCUGGAACAGAAGAUACUUCGCUUCCUCAGCGAGCGGCAACAGGCACAAACCUCUGCAACCGCUCUGCACAAGCAAGUCGAGCAGCUUGAAAAAGAGCUACAAGACCAAAAGGACAAACUCCGAGCCUGUCAAGCCGAGUCCUCCAGGUUGAAGACGGAGCUUGCCAAUCCCCCUCAACCAGUACCUGCCAACAUCCCUCAACCAGUACCUGCCAACAUCUCUCAACCGGUUCCCGCCGACGCCCCUCAGCCGAUUCCCGCCGACGUCCCUCAGCCCGUUCCCGCUUUUGCGCCCCCUGUCACUGCCGAUCUUGACGACGACUUGUCCCCCGAUAAGGUCGACUAUGCCAUGCGACGUAUCGCCAAUACGGUUUCCAACAGUCUCCCUGACUUCAAGACCGGUUGUCAGCGGUUGACUCGACUGGCAGACAUGCAGGCAAUCGAUGCCUGCACCCAAAAACCGGUCAAUUUUCGCAAGAUAGAGCGGUUCAUCUACGAUAUUGCUCGGUUCAAGGAGUACGAUCAGGAUCACGAAGUCCAGUCUCUCAUGGGGCAGUUCAGCCGCAAGGUCACGAUCAGGGAGAUUGACGACGGGCAAGAGUCCAAAGAGGCCCAAAACAACCGUGCAGACGCCGAUGAGAAUGAUGAGGAGGAGGACAGUGAUGAGGAGGACAGUGAGGAGGAGGACAGUCCAGCUCGAUACUCAUAUGCAGAAACCUUUACAUACCCCACCAACCUCGUCGACCUGUUGCAGCAACGACAUCGGAUCGUACUCUGGAAUACUUGGCCCCAGCCUUGUGGACCUGUGUCGACUUGGAAGCUUCGUGACUUGCGGGAGAUGGGUGAUCUGUUGACCGCCUGCAUGUUGCCGAUCUCGUCAAGCUUUGGGCGAAGAGACGUCGACGGGAUCGACCACCACCAGCACCACAUCACUGGCAAUCCGACACCACUGGCACCAAACUACGCUGCAACCUUGUUGAUCUUGCGAAAACUUGCAAGCUUGGGACCUCGUGUCCUUGUGACCCUGGUUACCUUGCCGGACUCGUUGCAACUUGGUCUACUUGGUCGUGGUGUCUACUACAUCGCCAAAACACCUACAACCUCGACUCGACCGCUGGCGAAACAACGUACCGGCCUCGCUACGACCUCGUGGAUCUUGUUUAAACUUGCAAGCUUGACGCCUUGUGACCUUGGUCGCCUUGCCGGACUCCGUCUACCACGUUCCCACAACCACAACCACGACCACGACCACGACCACGACCACGACCACGACCACGACCACGACCACGACCACGACCACGACCACCUCAACCGGCCGACCCACGAUCAACCCUGGCCAGCCUCUGUAUAUCUACAAGUGGCCGUCACUAUGAAUGGUCGGCGAUUGGGGACCAGCACAUGGUAUCAAACCUCUCGACCUCUCCGACAUCAGCCCUCAACCCGCCCUCUUUUACCAAGGAUACACGUCCUCUACCUCGUCACAAUCCGCCUCUGGCAGUUAUGGUGUUGCAUCUGUCUGAGAGAAGCCUCGGCAGACCACAGACUGUGUCAACAGAGGGUCGGAAGUGGCGAGGAUAAGACGAGAUCUGGAGACUGCGAUAUGAGCGAUGCUCUCCGAAACAUCCGGUCAAUUUCUACAGAUCUGCCAGAGGCCUCUCGACCGGCAAGUGCUGUUUGCUAUCUUGGGUUUCACGAACUACAACCACCCCAGUUAUUCGCAUAUUGUCUUCAUAUCCGGUUUGACGGUUUGACGGUCAGCUUUGGGUUUGGCUACGCUUCAAGAAGCAAACGUGGUGAUGUCGUGUCUCUUCUCACUCUCGUUCUCGACCUUCUUGGCCUCCCGUCUCCAGCUCAUUCGAUGCAUCACAUUUCGCUUUGA